AUGGCAUCAGAGGCUGUCAACGAAAAGGCAACUACGCCUGUUGCUACAGUCCAAACCACCACACAAGAUGUCUCCAGCGGGAAGCCCACCACAACCAUCACAACUACCGAAACCCUUACCGUCGGACCUGAACCAGGCUACCGCCGCCCGUCCGAAGUCUCGACCCCAGCGUCUGCGAACGACCUGAACCCCUUCGACACUGACAUCGAGGCCAUGAUAUCAACCCGAACCACGCGGGAGGAUGACAGCUGUGGCAUGAAAUCCACAAGCAAGGGCAAUCUGAAGGGUGCCCAGGUAUGGCCAGGCCAGGACCACUGGAAGAAGAAGGCCAAGGCGAACAAGCUCAACCAGCGGUCGUGUCAAUGCCUCGCCAAGAUGAGCAAGCGGAACAGAAUCCUCGUCAAGGUAGCCAUCAUCGUGCUGGUGGUCCUGACGGCCGUUGGAGUUGGUUUCGGCAUCAGCAAACCACUCGGUGCGGGAAUCUGGAAGCCCGCCGGCAAUUGA